AUGAACGUAACCGAGUCCUCCAUCAGCGGCAAUGAGAAACUUACUCACCUUGAGACUUUCACACCUUCCUCCAAUGCCGGCAGGGGAUUGCGACAUCAUUCAACAACGACGGAUUCGACACCUGUUGAUGAUCCUAUCGUUUAUCCUGAGGGUGGUCGCGAUGCAUGGCUGGUGGUAUUUGGUGCAUUCUGCGGCUUAACAGCAUCACUAGGCCUGUACAACACAGUGGGCGUUUUUGAAGCUGUUGUCUCAAAAGACAUCUUACCGAAUGUGUCCUCGUCCACAACCGGCUGGAUAUUCUCAGUCUAUGCGUUCGUUAACUGGAUCUGUGGAGUGCAAAUUGGUCCAACUUUCGACGCAAUGGGCCCGCGUACACUUAUUCUUGCCGGCACUGUUUGCACGCUUAUCGGUAUAUUUUCGUUCAGUGUCUGUAAAGAAUACUACCAGUUUUUUCUCGCAUUCUCCAUCUUGACAGGCAUCGGUUCCUCCCUUCUCCUUACACCGUCAAUGGCCUGCGUCGCCCAUUGGUUCAUGAAGCGUCGCGGUCUUGCCAGUGGGAUCGCAUUUAUAGGGAGCGGUUUCGGUGGUGUUAUUUUCCCUCUGAUGCUACAAUCUCUCCUUCCUCAAGUUGGCUGGGGAUGGUCGAUUCGCAUUCUCGCCUUUAUUCUACUUGUACUUUGUGCCAUCAGCUUGGCUUUCUGCCGGAGCCGAGUGCCACCUCGCAAAGGAACAGAGACCACCUGGCGAGAUACAUUACCAGACCCUACAAUAUUCCUAGAUGGAACAGGGGCUAUGGCCAUCACAACUGCUGGUGUACUGUUCACUGAUUUGGCUUACUUCAUCCCCAUCACAUACAUACCGAGCUACUACAUUGAUCGACAGCAUCUGUCCCAGAAGGAUGCGCUAACAGGAUCGGCAGCUUUCGCAUAUCAGCUUCUCGCUAUUCUGAACGCUGCUUCCUGCGGGGGCCGGUAUGUAGCGGGUGAUCUGGCUGAUCGGUUUGGCCGGUACAAUACUAUGAUUGUCUCGUUGUUCUUUUGCAUGGUGUCAGUUCUAUGCUUCUGGCUACCAGAUAUCGUCGUACGAAGCCUCGAGAAGGAUGCCCUGCUCAUAAUCUUUGUUAUCCUAUUCGGGUUCUUCAGUGGUUCAAAUGUUAGCUUGACACCUAUAUGCCUGGGUCAACUUUGUGAUACGCAGGAAUACGGGCGAUAUUACGCGAGCUGUUUCACAGUGGUAGCUUUUGGGGUGCUAGCAAGUCUUCCGAUUGGCGGAUGCCUUCUGAGUGCAGUGACGACUACAGGGAAAGGAAGAUACUGGGGCACCGCGCUGUUCGCCGGGCUGAACUAUGUGGUCGCUUUCCUAUGUUUUGUAUGGGUCAGGGUCAAAAUCAAGGGAUGGAAUUGGAGGACAAAGUGGUAG